UGUGUGGAGACUCUUCCCACUUGGAGAGAGUCUCGCAGACGCGUCUGGGAACCACAAACCCCGCGGAGCUCUCUGACUUCUACAUCGGACCAUCUCACCCCCCUUUUGUUUGGCUGGAGGUCUACGACAGAGACUAGAUCUUAUUUUUCAUCCUGAAACCACUCAGAGGAAAUUCACCCAUCUCUUCUUUAGCUUCAUUCAUGUGCUGCUGAGCCAGAGGAAGCUGAAGAUGAAGAGCAGGCUGUCUCUGACGGCGGCUGCCCUCCUGGCACUGCUGCUGUGCACCAUCCAAGCCCAGAGUCAAGUGGACCCUCCGACAGAUUUGAGGUUUAAGAUUUUAAAUGAGAACACAGUGCAAAUGACGUGGAGUAGACCACAGACGAGGAUACAGGGCUACAGAAUACAAGUGACCUCAGACACAGAAGAACCAACAAAAGAAUUUACUCUGCCUGCAUCUGCAACCAAGACGUCCAUCUCAGACCUGGUUCCAGAUGUGGAUUAUGUAGUAACAAUAUCUACGUACGCUGGAUCAGUGGACAGUCUACCCAUCUCCGGCCAGAUCACAAUUGAAUCAAGUGGCAGCACAAGAGGACCUCCCAGGAAACCAGACGCUUCAGAUUCAGUCAAAUGCUCCUUCAGUGCCAUCGCCGAUCUAGUCUUCCUCGUGGACGGCUCCUGGAGCGUGGGCAGGCCCAACUUCAAAUACAUCCGCAACUUUAUCUCAGCCACAGCCGGAGCCUUUCAGAUAGGGGAGGACAAAACCCGGGUGGGCGUGGUCCAGUACAGCAGCGAUGCCCGAACAGAGUUCAACCUGAACAGCCACUUGACCAGACCAGCACUGCUUCGGGCCAUUGGCUCUCUACCGUACAAGGGCGGAGACACAAAGACAGGUGAUGCUCUAAACUACCUGCUAAGAAACACUUUCACCGAGAAGGCCGGCAUCAGAACGGGUUUCCCUAAAGUUCUGGUGAUCAUCACUGACGGCAAAUCUGAGGAUCAGGUGGAGAGUUAUGCCAAGCAGCUCAGGAACAAGGGGGUGGAGAUCUUUGUUCUCGGUAUUCAACAGGCUGAUCCAGAAGAGAUGAGGCUAAUGGCCUCCACUCCUCACAGAAGGCACAUCUUUAGUGUCGCCAACUUUGACUUGAUCAAGACUGUGCAGAAAGAGCUAAUUGUUCAGGUGUGCGCCGGUGUUGACGAUCAGCUCAACUCACUAGUCAGCGGAGAAGAAGUUGUCGAAGCAGCCUCUAACCUCCAAGUCCUGGAAGUGGCCUCAAAGUCCAUACGGGUCUCAUGGGACCCCUCUAUCGGAGAAGCUUCUGGAUACAAAGUGCAGAUGAUUCCCAUGAUGACUGGCAGUAAGCGUCAGGAAGUUUAUGUGGGCCCCGGUCAGACCUCAGUGGUGGUCAGAGAUCUUUCCCCUGACACUGAGUACCAGAUCAGUCUGUACGCUCUGAAGGGCCUGACGCCCAGCGAUCCUGUCACAGUCAUGCAGAAAACACAGCCAGUUAAAGUCUCAGUGGAGUGCUCCCUCGGUGUGGAUGUUCAAGCCGAUGUCGUCCUCCUGGUUGACGGGUCCUACAGUAUUGGUCUGGCUAAUUUUGCUAAGGUCCGAGCUUUCCUGGAGGUGCUCGUGAACUCCUUUGACAUUGGGUCGGAUAAGGUCCAGAUAAGCUUGGUCCAGUACAGCAGAGAUCCCCACACUGAGUUCUACCUGGACACUCACCACGACCUAAACGCUGUGGUCAAGGCUGUGAGGACUUUCCCGUACCGCGGAGGUUCCACCAACACUGGCAGGGCCAUGACCUACGUAAGAGAUAAGAUCUUUCAGGCUGCCAGAGGAGCACGUCCCAAUGUUCCUCGUGUCACCAUCCUCAUCACUGAUGGGAAAUCAUCCGACGCCUUCCAGGAUCCGGCCAACAAACUGAGAAGAGCCGAUGUGGAGAUUUUUGCUGUUGGUGUUAAGGAUGCUGUACGAUCUGAGCUGGAGGCCAUUGCUAAUACUCCUGUGGAGACCCAUGUGUAUACCGUAGAGGACUUUGAUGCUUUUGAGAAGAUUUCUAAAGAACUCACACAGUCCAUCUGCUUGAGAAUCGAGCAAGAACUUCGCAAAAGAAGACUGGUUCCACCAAGGGCACUGUCCUUCUCAGAGGUUGGCCCAAGAAGCUUCAGGACUUCCUGGGAGAUGGACGCCACCAAUGUUGAGUCUUUUUUGGUUCAGUUCAAGCCAGCAGCUGAGACGGACGGGCAUUAUGUGUCCAUGUCUGUGCCAGGAGACACGCUCACUGCCCUCCUCCCCAACCUCACCCCUCUCACACGCUAUGAAGUCAAUGUUUAUGCACAGUAUGACAAAGGGGACAGCUCGCCUGUGACCGGCUAUGAAACCACUUUAGAAGAGCUUGGCUCCGUGCAGAACCUGAGAGUAUCAGAAGAGACCACAAACAGCUUCAGAGUGUCAUGGCGGGCAGCCCCAGGAGCCGUCACUCGCUACCGUUUGACCUACGAGCCUGUUGACGGCACAGGGACGAGGAUGGAGACAGCCACUGCCGGAGAAGAGACGACCAUCGUGCUACAGGAGCUUCUGCCUAAAACCACCUACAGGGUCACGGUCAGCCCUGAAUACAGUUCUGGAUCCGGAGUUCCUCAGCAGGCAGACGGUACCACCAAAGAAGUCAGGGGUUCCCCACACGACCUGAGGGUUUUUGACGAGACCACGUCCUCCAUGAAGGUGUCCUGGGAGCCGGCACCAGGGAAAGUGCUGCAGUACCGUGUGGCAUAUAAACCAUCUGCUGGCGGCCCUAGGAAGGAGCUGUCUGUGAAAGGCAACACCACAACCAGCGUCCUGAAGAACCUGCAGCCUGGCACCCAGUACGACAUCUCUGUCAGUGCUCGAUACCAGUCCGGCCUGGGUGACGCACUGGAAGGACAGGGCAGCACGCUAGAAGAGGGAGGCCCACCCACAAACCUGGUCACCAGCGAUGUUACAGACACCAGCUUUGCUGCAUCCUGGACUGCAGCGCCUGGAAACGUGAAGAUGUACCGGGUUCGAUGGAAGUCUUUGUUCUCUGAAGAGGCUGGAGACAAAACGGUGCCAGGGGAUGUGACAAACACGGUUCUGGAUGGUCUUACUCCAGAAACGCUUUACCAGGUUUCUGUAGUCGCCGCCUACAGUCACAAAGACAGCGAGCCCCUCACAGGACAGGAAACUACUGAUGCUUCUGCUGCUGCUAAAAAACUGACUGUGUCAGACGAGACUGAGCGGACCAUGAAGGUCACAUGGAUGCCCGCACCAGGCAAGGUGGUAAACUACCGACUAAAGUACACUCCCAGUACUGGAGGAAAGGAAGUGAUCCUCAGGAUCCCUGGGUCGGUCACCUCCACAGUCAUGAAGCGCCUGCAGCCAAUGACCACCUACAAUAUCACCGUUCACCCCAUCUACAAGCGCGGGGAAGGAAAAGCAAGGCAAGGAGUAGGAACGACACUGUCCCCCUACAAGCCCCCCAGGAACCUCCAGACCUCAGAGCCAACCAAGAACAGUUUCAGAGUCACCUGGGAUCCUGCGCCUGGAGAUGUUAGAGGCUAUAAAGUUACCUUUCACCCCACUGGGAAUGACAUAGACUUGGGGGAGCUGAUGGUCGGUCCCUAUGAUAACACAGUCGUUUUAGAGGAGCUAAGGGCAGGAACUAAGUACACCGUUUCUGUGUUUGGGAUGUUUGAUGGUGGGGAGAGUGUGCCCCUCGCUGGAGAGGAGAAUACAACCCUAAUGGACGCUCCUGAUCCACCUCUACCUGAUCUUUCUGAAACUCAGUGUAGGACGUCAGCUAAAGCUGACAUCGUGCUGCUGGUGGAUGGCUCCUGGAGCAUCGGCCGCAUCAACUUCAAAACCAUCCGCAGCUUCAUCGCUCGUAUGGUCAGCGUGUUUGAUAUCGGCCCUGACAAAGUUCAGAUCGGUUUGGCUCAGUACAGUGGAGAUCCAAAGACUGAGUGGCACCUCAAUGCCCACCCAACUAAGGAGUCCCUCCUGAAUGCUAUUGCCAACCUGCCAUACAAAGGAGGCAACACCAUGACGGGACUGGCUCUGAACUACAUCCUACAGAACAACUUUAAAGAAAAUGUAGGGAUGAGGCAAGACACACGAAAAAUUGGUGUCCUCAUCACUGAUGGAAAGUCCCAGGACGAAAUCGUCAUGAAGUCACAGAACCUGAGGGACAGUGGCAUCGAGCUUUAUGCCAUUGGUGUGAAAAAUGCUGACGAGAAUGAGUUGAGGUCCAUCGCGUCUGACCCCGAUGAAAUUCACAUGUACAACGUGAACGACUUCCAGUUUCUGCUGGACAUCGUUGACGACCUUUCAGUCAACCUGUGCAACAGCGUCAAAGGUCCAGGAGACGAGGCUCUGGAGCCACCCACCGACCUGGUGACCUCAGAGGUGACCCACCGCUCCUUCCGUGCCACCUGGACGGCACCCGCUGGCCCCGUCGACAAGUAUCGUGUCACCUACGCGGCUGUGGCUGGUGGACCCACCCAGGAGCUGCUGGUCGAUGGCUCAGUGACGACCACAGUCCUGGAAGGCCUGACCCCUCUGACCGAGUACGUGGUCAAUGUUUACUCCGUGGUUGACGAGAUCAGCAGCGAGCCUCUGAAGGGCACAGAGACCACCUUGCCCCUGUCCAUGGCCAAGAACAUGAUUGUUUACGAUGAGACCUCCACUACCAUGAAGGUGAGGUGGGAGGAGGCUGAAGGUGCCACUGACUACAGGCUCGUCUACAAAUCCAUCAACGCCUCUGAGCCUCAGCUGGAGAGUGAGGUACGUGUUGGAGGUGAUGUAACAAACGUCCUGCUGGAGAAACUGAUACCAAACACAGCCUACGCCCUUGAACUAUUCGCUAUACACGGAGAGUCUGCCAGCGACCCUCAGGAAGGGACUGGAGUCACCUUGCCCAUGCCUCCUGCUGGAGUCCUGAGAAUCACGGAUGUGACUCACAGCACCAUGAGGCUCAACUGGGACGCUGCUCCUGGAGCAGUCCGCAAGUACAUCAUCAACUAUAAACCAGAGGAAGGAGACCUGAAAGAGGCUGAAGUGGACGGUGACAUUACCACCCUGGAUCUGUCCAGCUUGAUAUCCCAGACUGAGUACGAUGUGGCCGUCACUCCCGUCUUUGAUGAGGGACCUGGAAGCGUGAUGCUCGGGAGCGCCAUCACAGACGUGGUUCCAGCUCCAAAGAACCUGCAGUUCUCUGAGGUGACACAGAACUCCUUCAGAGCCACGUGGGAGCACGGAGCCCCCGAUGUGGCCCUCUACCGCAUCGGCUGGACCAAGAUAGGGGAGAAUAACCCCCAGUUUGCCAUCCUGAAUAGCGAUGAGACCACUCAUGUUCUGCCAAACUUGGACCCAGACACCGAAUACUCUGUCACCGUCACAGCCAUCUACCCAGAUGAGUCAGAGAGUGAGGACCUGAUGGGAAAUGAACGCACAUUGUUGAGGUCUGCAGAGGUGCCUCCUGAGCCUCCUCGUAACCUGAGGGUGUUCAACGCCACCAUCUCCUCACUGACAGCGAAAUGGGACGCGGCCCCUGGCCCUGUCCAGAACUACAAGAUCACCUACAAACCCGUCACUGGAGGGGAGCCUCUCACAGCUCAGGUAGGAGGAAAGAAGACGAGCUUCAUUCUGCAGAAGCUGGAGCCUGACACUCAGUACUCUGUCAGCGUGGCUGCCAUGUACCCGACAGGCAUCAGCAAAGACAUCUCUGGAGAAGGACAAACUAAGCCUCUGGGUGGGGUGAGGAACCUGCAGGUGUUGAACCCCACCAUGACCACCCUGAACGUUCGCUGGGAGCCGGCUGAGGGCCGGGUCAAGGAGUACAAAGUCAUUUAUGUUCCUGCCGCCGGAGGAGCAGAGAGCAUGGAAACAGUGUCUGCAGGAACAACCACCACCAUGCUGAGAGGUCUGCAGCCCGACACCCUCUACACUGUGUCUCUGGUGCCAGUUUACGCUGCAGGAGAUGGAAAGAUGAUGUCUGAAAACGGAAAGACAAGACCCCUGGGAGGAGUGAAGAACCUGGAGGUGACGGACCCCACCAUGACCUCUCUGACAGUAAACUGGGAACCUGCUGAUGGAGCUGUUCGUCUCUACAAGGUCUUCUAUGUACCCGUCGAUGGUGGCUUGGAGGAGAUGGAGCAAGUUCCUACUGGCACCACCUCCAUCAUCCUGAGGAAUCUGCUGCCCGACACACCGUACACCGUGUCAGUGUUACCAGUCUACCCUGCAAGAGAGGGAAAACGCCAGUCAGAGAAUGGGAGGACAUUGCCUUUGGGUGGCGUGGGCAACAUGAAGGUGAGCAACCCAACCAUCACCACUCUGACCGUCACCUGGAACCCAGCUGAUGGAAACGUUCAGGGCUACAAAGUCAUCUACGUCCCUGAAGACGGAGGGCUGGAGAUUGUGGAGCAAGUGUCAGAGAGCACCACCAGAACUGUCCUGGAGAAGCUUCUACCUGACACCCGCUACACGGUCACCGUGGUCCCUGUGUACGCCGAGGGAGACGGACCUAGUCUGACCGACUCUGGGAAGACAAGGCCGCUGGGCUUUGUGAAGAACCUGCAGGUGACCGAUCCCACCACCAGCACCCUGAACGUCCGCUGGGACCCCGCCGAGGGAAAUGUUCGCGAGUACAUUGUGAUCUGGGUGCCCACUGCUGGAGGAGAGCAGGAUGUGGACCAGGUAUCUGGGACCACCACCUCUACUGUCCUGAAGAACCUGGAGCCAAACACAGAGUACACCGUCACCCUGGUGCCUGUCUACCACGAGAUGGAGGGCAAAUCUCAGUCUGCAAACGGAAAGACAAAUCCUAUGGGUGGAGUGAAGAACCUGCAGGUGAUCGACCCGGCCAUCAACACCCUGACGGCUCGCUGGGAACCAGCCCCGGGAAAUGUCCGCAGCUACAAAGUCUUCUACACAGCUGAACCAGGAGGCGAAGAAAAAAUGGAGGAGGUGUCAGGAGGCACCACCAGCACCAUCCUCAGGAACCUGGAGGCCAACACUGUCUACAAUGUAGCUGUCGUUCCUGUCUAUCCAGACGUGGAGGGCAUUCGUCAGGCCGAGAAGGGAAAGACAAAGCCUCUGGGUGGAGUGAAGAAUCUCCAGGUGACUGACCCCACCACUAACUCCCUCAGGGUCCGCUGGGAGCCGGCCGAUGGCGACGUCAGGCAGUACCAAAUCAUCUACGUCCCCACUGGCGGCGGAGCCGAGGCCAUGACUCAGGUUUCAGGAAUGUCGACUAACACGGUGCUGAGAGACCUGAAGCCAGACACAGAAUACAAAGUGACGCUGGUGCCCAUUUACCCUGAUAUGGAGGGGAAACGCAUGUCUGAGAACGGAAAGACAAGGGCUCUGGGCGGGGUGAAGAAUCUGCAGGUCACUGAUCCCACCACCAGCUCCCUGAAGGUGCGCUGGGACCCGGCAGAGGGCAACGUCCGUCAGUAUCGCAUCUUCUACGUUCCUGCAGCUGGAGGAGCCGAGGACAUGGAACAAGUAUCAGGUGGCACCACUAACACCGUUCUAAGGAACCUGCUGUCAGACACUCCCUACACUGUGACGGUGGUUCCAGUUUACCCAGAAGGAGAAGGUCUGCGCCAGUCCGACAAAGGAAAGACACUCCCACGCACGCCACCCAAGAACAUCCAGGUGUACAACCCCACCCCCAACAGCCUGAACGUGCGCUGGGAGCCCGCCACAGGCCAGGUUCAGCAGUACCGGGUGGCUUACUCCCCCCUGACUGGAGCCAGACCCAGCGGGACGGUCAUGGUUCCAGGAAGUAUUACCAAUGCCUUCCUGGACAACCUGAUCCCAGACACUCCUUACUCCGUCUCUGUGUCAGCUAUGUACGCCGACGGCGAGGGAUCGCCCAUCAAAGACACUGGCAAAACACUGCCCCGUGCCGGUCCCAGGAAUAUGCGGGUGUUUGAUGCCACCACCAGCACCCUCACCAUCGGCUGGGACCAUGCUGAGGGUCCUGUAAGGCAGUACAAGAUCGCCUACGCCCCCAUGACUGGAGACCCCAUCACUGAGUUUACUACAGUUCCAGGAAACAGAAACAACGCCAUGCUGCAGAAUCUGUUCCCCGACACCCCGUACAACAUCACUGUGGAGGCCAUCUAUGCCGACGGCCCCGGAGGGUUGCUCAAUGGGAACGGACGCACAGUUGGCCUGCUGAGUCCCAGAAACCUCCGUAUCUCAGAUGAGUGGUACACCCGGUUCAGAGUGGCCUGGGAUGCCGUGCCAGCUCCUGUCCAGGGUUACAGACUUUCCUACUCUCCUGCAGGCUCUCAACAACCACCCAUAGAUAUGUUUGUGGGCGACGUGACCUCUUACACUCUGCACAACCUGCAGCCUGGAACCACCUACGAUGUCAAAGUGGUCGCUCAGUACACCGGAGGCACGAGUGGGCCACUCCCCGGGCAGGGAACAACACUCUUCCUGAAUGUGACAAACAUCGAGACGUACAACGUCGGUCACGACACGUUCUGCAUCAAAUGGGAUCCUCACAGAGCAGCUACAUCCUACCGCAUCAAACUGAACCCUGCUGACCCCUCCAGUAAAGGAGCUCAUGAGAUCACCAUCCCCGCUGGUCUUCCUCAGCACUGCUUUGAAGGACUUUCCUCCGAUGCUCUUUACACCGCCACCGUCUUCGUCCAGACCCCGAAUCUUGAAGGUCCUGGAGUCAGCGCCAAGGAGAGAACAUUGGUGAAGCCAACUCCAGUUCCAACACUCCCACCAACACCGGCCCCUCCCCCCACCAUUCCCCCAGCAUGGGCAGUUUGCAAAGGAGCUAAAGCAGAUGUGGUGUUCCUCAUCGACGGAUCAUGGAGCAUCGGGGAAGAGAGCUUCACCAAAGUCGUGAACUUUGUCUCGGGUAUGAUCGGCGCCUUCGAUGUGAUCGGACCCUCAGGAAUGCAGGUGUCGUUUGUGCAGUACAGCGACGACGCCAAGACUGAGUUCAGACUGAACGCUUACCAGGACAAAGGCACUGUUAUGUCCACUGUCACUCAGAUCCGCUACAGAGGAGGAAACACCAAGACAGGAAUCGCCCUGAAACACACGAAUGACAAAGCCUUCUCUGUUGAAAAUGGAAUGAGAAGAAAUGUACCAAAGGUGGUCGUGGCGAUCACAGAUGGACGCUCUCAGGAUGAGGUGAAGAAGAACGCUGCCAAGCUGCAGCACGCAGGUUACAGUGUUUUUGCCAUCGGAGUUGCUGAUGUGGACUUCGUCGAGUUGCAGGAGAUUGGCAGCAAACCCAGCGACAGGCAUGUCUUUGUUGUGGACGACUUUGAUGCUUUUGAUACCAUCAAAGAAAACCUGAUUACCUUCAUUUGUGAAACUGCAUCAUCAUCAUGUCCCCUGAUCUUCCUGAACGGGUUUACUUCACCUGGCUUCAGGAUGCUGGAGGCCUUCAACCUGACAGAGAAAACCUACAGCUACAUUAAAGGCGUCUCUAUGGAGCCGGGCUCCUUCAACAGCUUCACAGCGUACCGACUCCACAAGAACGCCUUCCUGAAUCAGCCGACAACAGAGAUCCAUCCUGAGGGUCUUCCUCACGCCUACACCAUCAUCCUGAUGAUCCGCCUCCUCCCCGACUCACCCAACGAGGCCUUUGACAUCUGGCAGGUGUCAAGCAAAGACAACAAGCCAGAGACAGGCGUCACCAUCGACCCCUCCAGCCAGACCGUUUCCUUCUACAACAAAGACGAGCGCGGUGAGAUCCAGAGGGCCAAGUUUGACAGCGAUCAAGUCAAGAGGAUCUUCCAUGGAAGCUUCCACAAGCUCCACAUCAUGGUCUCAUCCACCAGCGUCAAACUCAACAUCGACUGCCAAGAAGUGGCUGAGAAGGAGAUCAAGGCUGCAGGAAACACGUCCAGCGAUGGCUACCAGGUCCUGGGCAAGAUGUCCAAGUCCCUGGGAUCCAAAGGAGAAUCAGCAACUUUCCAGCUCCAGAUGUUUGAUAUUGUCUGCAGCUUGGGCUGGACCAGCAGGGACAGAUGCUGUGACCUCCCGUCUAUGAGAGAUGAGCUGAAGUGUCCGUCUCUACCCAACUCCUGCACGUGUAUCUCCCCCGAGGCCAACGGGCUUCCAGGGCCUCAGGGACCAGUGGGUGCCCCGGGCAAAAAAGGACCUCGAGGUGAGAGAGGAGAGGGCGGUGCUCUUGGACCGGUGGGCCCUCGGGGAGAGAACGGACCACCUGGGCCCAUGGGUCUGCCUGGCCCUCAGGGACCGAUCGGCCUGUCAAUCCCAGGAGAAGCUGGCCGUCCUGGACCAAAGGGAGACCCUGGAGACUCUGGCUUACCUGGACAGAAAGGAGCACCUGGAGCUGCUGGUCCUAUCGGCCCGGUCGGACCAGCUGGAGUCAGGGGCCCUCCAGGAAAGGAAGGACCGGCUGGACCCAGAGGCCCUGCAGGGCCCAUGGGACCUCCAGGAUCUCCGGGAAUACCAGGAGCAGCAGGAAAACCAGGAAACCCCGGAGACACCGGUGUCCCCGGCACUGCUGGUGCAAAGGGAGACAAAGGAGAGAGAGGAGACUUUGCUCCUCAGAACAUGAUGCGAUCCAUCGCCAGACAAGUUUGUGAGCAGCUAGUAAACACACAAAUGACUCGAGUCAACACGUUACUGAACCAGAUCCCUAACGGCAUGUACCGCAGCGCCAACCCUGGUCCUCCAGGACCUCCAGGACCUUCAGGCAGGCAAGGACCCCGCGGGGAGCCUGGAACCACAGGAAGGAACGGUUUCCCUGGAACUCCAGGUUUACCCGGGCAGCAGGGAGAGAGAGGCCCUGCAGGAGAAAAAGGAGAUCGAGGAACGCCAGGAGUCGGACAGAAAGGACCGAGAGGACCUGCAGGUCCACCUGGAGAGAGCAGAACAGGACCUCCAGGACCUCCAGGCUCCGCUGGAGCUCGUGGUCCACCCGGACGUCCAGGAUACGCUGGAAUCCGUGGACCUCCUGGACCUCCUGGAUACUGUGAUUCUUCUCAGUGUGUUGGUAUUCCUUACAACGGGCAGGGAUAUGGAGGUUCACCAUAAUAAACUUUCUAUGCCGCCUGUGCUGCUUUCACUGAACAAACAAAAGUCCUGUAACUGAAACACUCGCUCACAUGCUCUUGAGCUGUUUAAAGGAUAAACACCAAAGGAAACCAUUAACAAACUUUGCUGACAGACAACACAGCAAAGAGGGAAACCAGUACUAACAACGACUCACAACACAAACCCAGCAGCAGCAGCCUGCAGCGCUGAUGGCAUCGACCUGUUUUAGUGGCCUGUUUGCAUCUUGAAGCCAAAGACCAAACAAGGAAAUGUUCAGUGGAGGAGCAUGCACCAAACAACAACAACAAACAAGCCAAACAAAUACUAACAAAGGUGGAUUUGUAACAGAGAAACAAGUGCAGCAGCAUCACCAGCAACAACAGCAGCAAGCAACUGUUAACAGCCGCUCUCAUGGUGAAACCUGUAAAUAAACUCGUGUGCCUUGUAAAUGAUGUUUGAAUCAAUCCACUAAAUCUAGUUUUUAACAUCUGUAGUUAUUAAAGCUUGUGCCUUGCAAACACCAACCUGCUGCUUGCUGAAUGCCAAUAGAGACGCCUCUUUGAUUUUCUGUUUGUAGCUGUUUUAAACUGCUCAGGGCCACUCUGGAUCCCUCCUGAGGUUUAGAUACACCACGUCUUUAUUUACAAUAACAAACUACAACUUCCUGUUUGAUCCUGUACUAACAGUCCCAAAGAAGUUUCUCCAGGCUGAUAGAAGGACAAGUGCUUUAUUCCUAUGAAGAAAUGUUUGAGGGUUUGUUGUUCAACACCUGAUAUUAAUACAUGAGCAACAAGAGGAAAGAAAAAAGCAUUGGCAUGUUUACCACAGGAAGGUUUAAGGAAUUUGUCAUGGUGCUACGACAUCAACAAAAACAGCAUCAAACCACAUGUAAACCAUGUGUGUCUGUUUAGGAAUGAUACAGCAGGGUCUACAUGGCAUCAGUCUGUUUAACCCUCAGGCCCUCCUUUAAAAAAUCACACUCUCCCUCUUAAAGCCCUUUUAGGACAUUGGAUAUGUUUAAAAGUAUUUAAAAUGGAUGAAAACCUUUUUUAUUGUUUGGUCCUCAACUCCAGUCCUUGUCAUGUAUAGCAGAAGUGAAAUAUUUUUCAUAAUUUUAACCCUACAAAUGCCAAUUUAUUUUCAUAAUGCAAUAUUUUCUGACACUAAAAUGAAUGAUUUUCUCUCUGAAAAAUGCAAAGCACAUUUUUUUGUGCAGGGAUUAUCAGUCUUAGAUAUGUCAAUGAUUAGCAGCAACACUGAUUUUGACGUACAAUUAAGUUUUGUGCAAUAACAAAAACAUUUUUAAAAAUCACAGUCUCCAACUUAAAGCCCUUUUACGACAUUGGAUAUAUUCAGAAAUAUUAAACAUGAAAGAAAAAACCUUUUAAUCUUUGGUCCUUAACUCCAGUCCUCAUCAUAUAAAGCAAAUGUGAAUUUUCAUAAUUUUAAUUUUUCACUAAACUCUGGCAUCCAUAGAAAACACCCAAAGUAGUUUUAGUUGAAAUAAUUAAUUCCACUGGCCUACAGUCACUGAUGUAUCCUAUCAGUUCAGACAAGGUCAUUAUCUCCCACAAUGCCUCUCUGCAAACUAGGGCUGGGCAAUUAAUUGCAAAUGAGAUUAAAUUGCAGUAUGGCCUGCUGCAAUUUUUAUAUCGCAGAAGGUGCAAUUUUUCUUUAACCCAAAAUGUGUGUCAAAAUAUCAGUUUAGAACUUUUCUUGCAGCAGAGAUGUUAUGCAUUACUCAUCAUGCAAACAUUCUAGUGCCAUGUUUUUAGAAUAGUCCACAAAAAAUCAUAUUUUCUUCAUUUCUGUAUGUUUUUCUUAUUUAUUAAAAAACAAUAAUUCCCUUUGAUACAACAGUUCAUAUAAAAUGUGAAAAAUGAGUAAAAAUUCAUCACAAUUCUGCAAACAUUGAAAAUGCCAAAAUUUGGCGGCUUUUUUUUUUGGUGUGCAAAUAUUUUUAUGUCUGAAUGACUGAAUUACAGAGGAAUUAACAAGAUUCUUAUUUCUGUAUUGCAGUGGCAGUAGAAUGAAAAUAAGUGGUUUUAAUGGCAGUUAAUGAGGCCUGAAAGGGCUUUAGGAGGGAGAGUGUGAGUUUUUGUCUACACAGUGGAAAAUUCUGUCAACAUAGUGUGGAUAAUGAAAUUUCAAAAAUUCAUAAAAAAAUGAACAUCUUUGUCAAAGAUCAUCAUCUUAGCAUGACUGCCAAAGUAACAGUAAAGAAUACAAUCAUAAAGCCCUAAAAGAGCUCUAGGAGGGUCUGAGGGCUAAAGCUCAGGUAUUUACCUUUACUUCCUCGCACAGCUAAAGUACAGAGUUUUUUAUUGUUGCACCAGCUUUGUGGAAGUUCUGUCUCAAGUUCUAGUGUGAAGUUCAAACUAAAACUGAGGUUGGUUUGUGAAAAGUGCUGUUCAUAAGUGUCAUCUGGCUCAACUCCACAGCGCUGAUUCUGGAUUAAAUAACAGGGAAUCAAGGAAAGAAACCUAGUUCUGGUUCAAACAGGAGCUAGCUACUGUAGCUCACAUUAAAGAGCCCUUUAGAACACUUAAAAAAUGUUCAGACACUCAAAUUUAUAAGAUAAAAGGUUUCAGCCUGGACCUAAAGCAGACUUUUAAAAAGACUCAUUACAGAAGGACGUAUUCUAAUAUGUUUUCCAAGGCUGCAUGGAAAUUUGGUCAUUUUACAGCUUUGAAACUCAUCACAGGAAAACCUAAAAAAGUAUGUUUGUGCUGUAUAUCCAUUUAGCAGCUUUUUACAUCUUAGAGGUCGGAGAAAAAAUCAAUACAGGUGAUAUAUUGGUGAUAUAUUGAAUCGUCUCAUCCACCAAGUAUCGAUUUUUUCAAAUUAACUGCUAAUAUGAACUGAAGUUUAUUGCUGGGUUUCCAUUACAGUUUUUCACACAAUAAAAGUGAUAUUUCUUAAAUUUCGAUUAAGUAC